AAUAUACUUCAGCACCGUCUUUGUUUUUGGUGAAGAGUUGUUGUGAAUAUUCAUUUGCUUAAAUAAACAUAAAAGAAAUUGAAGUGAUCAUCUACAAUGCGAGUGAAGCGUUAUUAAUUAAAAUGAUACUGACAAGACUAAAAUCUCGAGAAAAAUAGUAGGCUAAACAAUUUAAUAUGGUUUUAAACUCUAACAACAAGGACGAAACAUCUAAAAUGCCCACAAAUAGCGAAUAUUACAGUGAAUACAAAUCUCCUUCAAUAUGGGAGUUUUGGAAAGCGAGAAGAUAUGUCGUGACGUUUAUGCUGUUUCUCGGAUUUAUCAACACUUACUGUCUACGAGUUAACCUCAGCGUUGCUAUCGUAGCUAUGACUCAGUAUUACAAUGUCACAUUGGCAAAUGGUACUACUAUUGUGACACGAGAUUUUGACUGGGAUACAAAAAUCCAGGGUUAUCUCUUAAGUUCAUUUUUUUAUGGUUAUAUAUUUACUCAAUUUAUUGGAGCAUACUUGGGUAUCCGAUUCGGAGGAAAAAUUGUUUUUGCUGUAGGAAUCGGCAUGGCAUCUAUUUUGACCAUCCUUACACCAGUAGCUGCAUAUUUAAAUGUUUAUCUGCUGUUGGUUGUGAGGAUAUUGGAAGGAUUAUUUGAGGGAGUUAUUAUACCAUGCAGUCAGACAAUUUGGACAAACUGGGCUCCAAAGCUAGAACGGAGUCGAUUAAUAACAAUAGCUAUAUCUGGAACCUAUAUAGGAACAGUCAUUUGUUUACCUUUGUCAGCACAGCUGGCUACACAUCUUGGAUGGGAGAGCAUAUUCUAUGUUUUUGGUGCUGUUGGCUGUUUAUGGUGUGUAUUCUGGUUAUGGUUAGUAAAAGAUUCUCCUACAGAGGACUCAAAAAUUUCCAACGAAGAACUAAAGUAUAUAACCAAUUCUCUAGAAGGAUAUAAAGGGGAUACUAGUAGAAAUAUUCCUAUAUGGUCAAUUAUAACAUCUCCUCCUGUGUGGGCUUUGAUCGUUGCAAGUUCUAGUGAAAUUUGGGGAUUUUAUACACUGUUGACACAGCUGCCAAAAUUUAUGAAAUAUGCUCUUAAAUUUAAUCUCAAUGAUUCAGGAUUCGUAUCAGCAUUGCCUUAUGUAGCAGUAGCGUUUGUAGUACAAAUUGCAGGUCAUCUUGGAGACUACGUGCAGUCUAAAAACGUAUUCACUGUUGGCCAAUUAAGAAAAAUUUUUCUUGGAGUUGGUUUCUCAUUUCAGUGCACAUUCAUGAUCAUCUCUGUUCAUUGGGUUUCGACAGUUACUACGACUUUCUGCCUCGUCUUAGCGAUUGCAUUUGGAGGCUUUACAAUGGCUGGUUUUGCGGUCAAUAACUUGGAUCUGAGUCCGAAUUAUGCGAGUAUCAUUGUAGGCAUUGCGAAUACAUUUGCAACUUUGCCAGGGAUUAUUAGCCCCAUUUUAACCGGAUAUCUGGUUACCGACGAAACGAGCAUUGAACAAUGGAGGAUAAUAUUUUACAUUGCUGGUGGUAUAUAUCUUAUCGGAGGAUUGUUCUAUUGCAUUCUUGGAUCGGGUGAUCUACAGACUUGGGAUAAAGUACCAGGAGACUUAAAGGAAACUGCAAAAGAAACUUACGUCAAUUCAAAUUUUCAGUCUGAAGAGAAUAUCCCUAAAAGUUGAUUAUUAUAAAAAAAACUAAAACAUAAAUAAUAACUGUGAUUAUAGUACGUUUACUGGUGUUUUGUUUUUUUAUCAAUAUAUAAGUUUUAAGUAUAUCUAUUUUAUUUUUUGGAUGUAUUUUUUGUCGUAUUUUAUUUAGUAGCAUAACUGUAACUAUAUUUUUAACAAAAAAUAAAUAAGAUUGAAUUAA